AAUCUUCUACCGACAGCACAUAGGAGGAGCUAUUGUUCCCGGUCGCUGGUGCUGCUGCUGCUGCUGCUGCACACAUUCCGUGGACUGUAGUUAUUUCUUACAUUGUAAUACUCAGUGUCACUAGAAAUGAGCGAUAACGACAAAGGACGGGUUAAGAUUGGACGAAGAAAAGGCAGAAGAAGUCUCACGUCCACUUUAAUUUCAAUAAUAUGAAGCUCAGAUGUGUGAAGCUGUAUUGUUGAAUGCAUGCUAAAACAUGAGGGAAGAUGUAGGGGAAGUAAGAAGAUGUAAGACAAUUGAAGAAAGAAGAAUAAUGUCAAGUAAUGAAGUUACAGAAAUGAAGUUAAGGAAGUAAUCCACAGCGCUAAGUAAUUUUCUGGAGUCUCGCUCUGCAUCCAGGAGCAUGAGUCCACCGGGCUCAGGGAAGUCGGCGAGCCGCUCACCUGCUCGCUCACCUGCCCGUUCGAAAGAGGGCUCCCGUCAUUCCCACUCCAAAUCUAGGUCUCGCUCUAGAUCAAAAUCUGGGUCCAAUUCCCACCGUGGCUCACGCAGACACUACAGCCGUUCUCGUUCCCGCUCAAGGUCCCAUCACCGCCGAUCUCGUAGCAGCAGGUCCUACAGUGGAGAGCGCCGGCGCAGGAGCCAUAGCCACUCGCCCAUGUCCAAUCGCCGCAGGCACAUUGGCAAUCGUACGAAUCCAGACCCAAACGGCUGCGUGGGAGUGUUUGGCCUGAGCUUGUACACCACAGAGAGGGAUCUGAGAGAUGUCUUCUCUAAAUAUGGCCCCCUGGCAGAUGUCUGCAUUGUGUAUGACCAGCAGUCGAGGCGCUCCAGGGGCUUUGCCUUUGUUUACUUCGAGAGCCAAAAUGACGCAAAAGAGGCAAAGGAACGAGCCAAUGGCAUGGAGCUGGACGGUCGCAGGAUCCGAGUAGACUUCUCCAUCACAAAAAGAGCUCACACCCCAACCCCUGGAAUCUACAUGGGCCGUCCCACAUAUGGCGGUGGCGGUGGUGGUGGUGGCGGUAGUGGUGGUAGUAGCAGCGGGGGCGGCGGCGGCGGUGGUAGCGGUGGAGGAGGUGGACCCAGUGGCCCUCGGCGUUCUUCACGUGACUAUGACCGUGGGUAUGAUCGUGGAUACGACAGAGGUGGCUAUGAUCGCUAUGAAGAGAGGGACUACUACAAAUCCUACAAAAGACGAUCUCCAUCACCAUAUUACAGAGGUGCUUACAGGUCUCGGUCCAGAUCACGGUCUUACUCUCCCCGUCGUUAUUGAACGUUGCUGUUGACCUCUCCUCUUCUCGAGCACAGGCAGGAAAAUGUUUGAGAGGAAUUAUUCAUUUCUGAAACAGAUGUUCUUUCAUAAGGUGAUGUUCACACUUCAGUGUGCUAAUGUACAUGACCAGUAAAUGUAAACUGACCCAAGCUGUCCCUGUAUGCUUUUUUUUCUUCUUUUUUAAAGUUUUGAAUGUAUGGACAAUCCCUGCCGUGGAUGUUAUUUUAAUGUUUUGAUUUUUUUGGGAUACAAAUUUAGUGAAAAUUAAAAACAGGAUCCAGUUUUUUCA